UUGGCGUAGUCCACAGCAGGCUGCCUUUACUCACACACAUCCGCUCUCUCUCUCUCUCUCGCUCUCACUCUUUCACACCAUAGCUCAGCCUCUUAUUAGCCAUUCAGCUCUGAAACCUGUUUCACUGCUGAGGCUUAAAAAUGAGGUGGAAGCUGCUUUUCCCGCAGCUUUGACAGGGGAAAUUCUCCUUCCAGGCUUGCAGCAGCAGCAGCAGCAUUGAGAAAUCGCUUUGCCACCAGCCGUCUUAUGAUUUAAAUGUCAUCCAUGGACGUUUCUCCCUCUGCUCCGGCAUCGUUGGUCCUGUUCACAGAUAUUAAGAUUAAAGAGCUUGGAUUCUCUAAGGCUCGUAUCCAAGGGCAUCGGCUGUUAACAUACUGAACUACAUCUGCUUCUUGGCUAAGACUGAAGAAAGACAUCUUAAGCCUGGAAAUCCUUCCUGUGCUUGUUCUCUAGCGUGGUCACACACACACACACACACACACACACGGCAGGCAGCCCAAGAAGUAUAUGCUGCAGCAGGUUUUUUCUUUCUUUCUUUAAUUCCAAAAGACUGCUUCACUUUCCCAUUUCCAGUGAAAAGAUAAUGAAAUAAGAGCCUCUCGUCUCCAAGAAAGAAAAUUACAGGAAUCAGCUACCGAGGAGGAAUCAGCAAGUUAAACAGCAGCAGAAGAGGACAAGGCGGAAGGAGGACACUGGUUGAGAAUAAAGAUCAACAGCAAAAAGGAAAAAGAGGAAACAGGUGGAAGGCUGAGACACCUGUCAGAGCUAGUUCGGGCUUUAAAGUGGGGACCCCCCCUUUAUCCCCCCCACUCUCUGCUCAUUUUGUAUUUGUGUGUGUGAUUCAGCAUCAUCAGCUUGCAAAAUCUGCCUCUAACCUUGUUCCCUGGCUGCUGCUUGUUGCUGGUCCUGUUGCUGUUACUGACAGAAACGUGUUAACAAAGCCGAAAGAGAAAAAAUGCCAGCCAUCCUGGUAGCCUCCAAAAUGAAAUCCGGACUACCUAAACCUGUCCACAGUGCUACUCCUAUUGUUCAUGUUCCAGCAGCAAGGACCAUCCCACAACCCUGCUACCUGAAGUUUGGGAGCAAGGUGGAGGUGAACAAGUCAUCCUAUUCCAGCCAGAUCCCUCUCAAGUCACACAAUGGUCAUGAGAAUGCAGGAGAUGGCUUCCUACCCAAGAAGAGCAGCUCCAUGGAAAAUGGCUUUGACACACAGAUUUAUACAGACUGGGCCAAUCACUAUCUAGCAAAAUCUGGUCAUAAACGUUUGAUAAAAGAUCUGCAACAAGAUGUGACUGACGGAGUUUUACUGGCUGAAAUCAUCCAGGUAGUAGCAAAUGAGAAAAUUGAAGACAUCAAUGGCUGUCCAAAGAAUAGAUCUCAAAUGAUUGAAAAUAUAGAUGCGUGCCUGAGUUUUUUGGCUGCCAAAGGAAUAAACAUACAGGGACUGUCUGCAGAAGAAAUCAGGAAUGGGAAUUUAAAGGCUAUCUUAGGCCUUUUCUUCAGUCUGUCACGAUAUAAGCAGCAGCAACAGCAGCCCCCUAAACAAUAUUCACAGCCCCACCCAUCCCAGCAACCUCCCACAUCACCCCAGCAAGUAAGGCCUCCACCCCAGUGCCAAUUUGGGCUGCAAGAACAGCAAAUCCAACAAGAACAGCAGCAGCAGCAGCAACCACCACAAUCUGUGCCAGCAUCACCCCAGUCUCAGUGCCAACAACCCCAGCAAGCACCACAUCCUCAGUUAAAAGCACAACCAGAAAUGCAGUCCAGACUUCCAGGUCCUACGAGAGUUUCAGCUGCAGGCAGCGAAGCAAAAACUCGUAGUUCAGUUAAUGCCAACAACCGGCGCAGCCAGAGCUUUAACAACUACGACAAAUCCAAACCCACAAGCCCACCAUCCCUUCUAUCAAAUAGCAAUGAGAAAGAGCCAGCAGACAAUUUAGCCCCUCAGCCCACAGGAAUGAAUGAAAAUGCACCACCUUCAACCCAAAGCAGCAGUAGCAACAACAUUGCCGGUUGCAAUAACUCCUCAGCCAUCCCCCAGCCCAACUCUGCCGUUAAACCCUGGCGCAGCAAGUCACUCAGUGCCAAGCACACAGCUACGUCUUCCAUAUUAUCAGUAAAACAGCAGGUCCAGGAACCUCCGAAAUCCUCUCCAGAGAUGGUCAAACCAACUCCCAACGGUCAGAAAUCCAUGCUGGAAAAGCUGAAGCUUUUUAAUACAAAAGGAGGCUCCAAAGCAGGAGGGUCAUCCCUUGAAUGUCCGGGGUCUCGGGACGCUAGUUGUGAAAGGCUAGAGGCCCUCCCUAGCUUUGAGGAAAGUGAAGAGAUUGAAGCUGCGAAUCGGAACGCAAACAACCCCCCAUCAAACAGUCCCAAAAUUGCACUCAAGGGAAUUGCACAAAGAACGUUCAGUCGGGCACUGACCAAUAAGAAGAGUUCCCCAAAGGGCAAUGAGAAAGAAAAAGAGAAGCAGAAGGAUAAAGAAAAGGAAAAGGGCAAAGACGUUGCCAAGAGAAUAUCCGUAACCGAGAAAGCAGACGUGAAAGAGGAGCCGAAAGAAGAACAGAUCCCACCAGCUACAACCGAGAUGCCAAAAAAAUCCUCCAAGAUCGCAAGCUUUAUCCCUAAAGGAGGAAAGCUAAACAGUGCCAAGAAGGAGGCACCUGCCCCUUCGCACAGUGGAAUACCAAAACCAGGGUUGAAAACCGCCACAGGGAAAUCCUCAAGUGCCCCAAGCUGUUCAGCAAAGGAUGGCGAGAGAAGCCGCAGUGGGAAGCCGGCCUCAGGCCUCUCUCAUCAGAAGCCCCAGCUGGACGGCAGGAAUUCCAGUUCCACGUCAAGUUUGGCCUCCUCUGAAGGGAGAGGCAUUGGAGGGGUGCCUGCUCUGAGUACUAGUAGCAGUACCCAGGCUGUCAAUGGGCCCACAGGCAGUACCACACAGACCACAGGAAGCAAUACUGUGAGUGUUCAGCUACCUCAUCCACAGCAGCAAUACAGCCACCCGAAUACUGCCACAGUAGCACCAUUCAUGUACAGAUCCCAGACAGACAAUGAAGGGAAUGUAACGGCUGAGCCCAGCACUGGAGGGAUGAGCACGAGCAUGGAUUCUGCUCCUUACACUAAAACUACACAGCCUAUUUUAGAAGAUCUUUCUGGGGAAGAUCCAGAAGCUCGACGAUUGCGAACCGUCAAGAAUAUCGCUGAUCUUCGACAAAACUUGGAGGAGACCAUGUCAAGCUUACGAGGGACCCAGGUUUCUCACAGCACCUUGGAGACCACCUUUGAUACCAAUGUCACCACUGAAAUAAGCGGACGCAGUAUUCUCAGUAUGACGGGAAGGCCAACACCCUUAUCAUGGAGACUUGGGCAGUCUAGUCCUCGCCUUCAGGCAGGUGAUGCUCCAUCAGUGGGCAAUGGAUAUCCUCCAAGAGCCAAUGCCAGCCGGUUCAUCAAUGCAGAAUCAGGGCGUUAUAUGUAUUCAGCUCCCUUAAGAAGACAGCUAGCAUCGCGGGGCAGUAACGUUUGUCAUGUGGAUAUCACCGACAAAGGGGGUGAUGAAAUAGAUCUUGAAGGAAUCAACAUGGAUGCCACAGGUUACAUGAGUGAUGGAGAUGUUCUGGGGAAAAAUAUAAGGACUGAUGAUAUUACAAGUGGGUACAUGACAGAUGGUGGAUUGGGCCUUUACACUCGAAGGCUAAACAGACUUCCGGAUGGGAUGGCUGCUGUACGGGAAACUCUGCAACGCAACACCUCGCUGGGCCUGGGCGAUGCAGACAGCUGGGAUGACAGCAGUUCUGUCAGCAGUGGGAUCAGUGACACCAUAGAUAACCUCAGCACCGAUGACAUUAACACAAGCUCCUCCAUCAGCUCCUAUGCCAACACACCUGCAUCCUCUCGUAAGAAUAUAGAUUCCCAGACUGAUGCUGAAAAGCAUUCCCAAGUGGAGCGGAAUUCCUUGUGGUCUGGCGACGAAAUCAAGAAAUCCGAUGGUGGCUCAGACAGUGGUGUGAAGAUGGAGCCUGGGUCUAAAUGGAGAAGGAAUCCCUCUGAUGUGUCUGAUGAAUCUGAUAAAAGCAAUUCUGGGAGGAAGAACACAGUCAUUUCGCAGACGGGUUCCUGGAGACGGGGCAUGUCAGCUCAGGUUGGCAUUACCACACCAAGGACAAAAACGGCAGCCACCUCAGGAACUUUGAAGACACCUGGAACAGGAAAAACUGAUGAUGCCAAGGUAUCGGAAAAGGGUAGAAUUUCUCCCAAAUCCGGACACAUUAAACGUUCCCCAUCAGAUGCAGGACGGAGCAGUGGUGAUGAAUCAAAGAAACCUUCUGCAAAUAACUCUAGAACAGCUGCUGCUAACACAAAUGCAUUUGGAUUUAAAAAACAGAGUGGGUCAGCUGUAGGCAUGACCAUAAUAACAGCUAGUGGGGCAACUAUCACUAGUAGAUCAGCUACCCUGGGCAAAAUCCCCAAGUCAUCUGGACUUAUGGGAAGGUCUACUGGUCGGAAGACUAGUGUUGAUGGCUCACAGAAUCAGGACGAUGGUUACUUAGCCAUUAGUACUCGAAGCAAUCUUCAGUACCGGAGUUUACCCAGGCCCAGCAAAUCCAGCAGCAGAAGCGGAGCUGGCAAUAGAUCUAGCACCAGUAGCAUAGAUUCCAACAUAAGUAGCAAGUCAGCAGGCUUGCCUGUUCCUAAAAUGAGAGAGCCAGCCAAAGUUGCCCUUGGGAGCUCUCUGCCAGGUUUAGUCAACCAAACGGAUAAAGAGAAAGGGAUCUCAUCGGACAACGAAAGUGUAAUCUCUUGUAAUUCUGUUAAAAUGAACCCAGCAUCUCAGCCGGUUUCAAGUGCAUCCCAGAGUGCUCACCAGCAAGGAGUCAAGUACCCAGAUGUAGCCUCCCCUACCUUGCGCAGACUUUUUGGUGGAAAGCCAAGUAAACAAGCUCCCAUCACAACUGCAGAAAGCAUGAAAAAUUCAGUGGUCAUCUCCAACCCACAUGCAACCAUGAACCAACAGGGGAACCUGGAUUCUCCUGGCAGUGGCAUACUGAGCAGUGGUGGUAGUAGUCCCCUUUAUAGCAAGAAUGCAGACAUGAACCAGUCUCCAUUAGCUUCUAGUCCCAGUUCAGCUCAUUCGGCUCCUUCCAACAGCUUAACCUGGGGCACUAAUGCCAGUAGUUCUUCUGCUGUUAGCAAGGAUGGGAUUGGAUACCAGUCUGUUAGCAGCCUGCAUACCAGUUGUGAAUCCAUAGAUAUUUCACUCAGCAGUGGAGGCGGCCUGAGCCACAACUCGUCCAGUGGCUUGAUUGCAGCUUCUAAAGAUGACUCGCUGACUCCCUUUGUUAGAACCAACAGUGUAAAGACAACAUUGUCAGAGAGCCCUCUCUCUUCCCCUGCUGCUAGUCCCAAAUUCUGCAGAAAUACUUUACCCAGGAGGCAGGACAGCGACCCUCAUCUUGAUAGGAACACUUUGCCUAAGAAAGGACUCAGGUAUACUCCUUCAUCACAACUUCGCAGUCAAGAAGAAGCAAAAGAAUGGCUGCGUUCCCACUCUGCAGGAGGACUUCAGGAUACAGUUGUCAGUUCUCCAUUUUCCUCUGGUUCCAGCAUCACAUCACCUUCUGGAACUAGAUUUAACUUCUCCCAACUGGCAAGCCCCACCACAGCAGCCCAGAUGAGCUUGUCAAACCCAACCAUGCUACGGACGCACAGUCUUUCUAAUGCGGAUGGCCCUUAUGAUCCUUACAGUGACACCCGGUUCCGGAACAGCUCAAUGUCACUGGAUGAAAAGAGCAGGACAAUGAGCCGUUCGGGGUCAUUCCGGGAUGGCUUUGAAGAGGUGCAUGGAUCCUCUCUCUCUUUGGUUUCAAGCACAUCAUCUAUUUACUCAACGCCUGAAGAGAAAUGUCAGUCAGAGAUUCGCAAGCUGAGGAGGGAGUUGGAUGCAUCCCAAGAGAAAGUCUCGGCUCUGACAACACAGUUGACUGCCAAUGCUCACCUCGUGGCAGCAUUUGAACAGAGCUUAGGAAAUAUGACCAUUAGACUACAAAGCCUUACCAUGACAGCAGAACAGAAGGAUUCAGAACUGAAUGAGUUAAGAAAAACUAUUGAACUACUGAAAAAACAAAACGCUGCUGCUCAGGCUGCCAUAAAUGGUGUAAUUAACACACCUGAGCUCGCCUGCAAAGGAAGUGGGACUGCGCAAACCACUGAUUUGCGGAUCCGGAGGCAGCACUCCUCGGACAGUGUCUCUAGCAUUAACAGCGCAACCAGCCAUUCCAGUGUGGGAAGCAACAUAGAAUGUGACUCCAAGAAAAAGAAAAGAAAGAACUGGGUCAACGAGUUGCGUAGUUCCUUCAAACAAGCAUUUGGUAAAAAGAAGUCCCCUAAGUCAGCUUCUUCUCAUUCAGAUAUCGAGGAGAUGACGGAUUGUUCCCUGCCUUCAUCGCCAAAACUGCAUCACAAUGGCUCAGUUAUCUCUACGCCAUUACUGAGAACGUCCCAUUCUAAUUCACUGAUUUCAGAAUGUAUCGAUAGUGAAGCGGAAACAGUCAUGCAGUUGCGAAAUGAGCUGAGAGACAAAGAGAUGAAGCUAACCGAUAUCCGUUUGGAGGCCCUCAGCUCCGCCCACCAACUUGACCAACUUCGGGAAGCUAUGAACAGAAUGCAGAGUGAGAUCGAGAAACUAAAAGCAGAAAAUGACCGGCUGAAGUCGGAAAAUCAAGGCAGCUGCAGCAGGGCCCAAUCUCAGGUUUCCAUUUCAUCCUCUCCAAGGCAGUCCAUGGGUCUUUCCCAGCACAGCCUGAACCUCACAGAGUCAGCGAGUCUUGACAUGCUGCUGGAUGACCCCAGCGAUGGUUCUUCUCGAAAAGAAGGUGGCAGGCAUGUUAAAAUAGUUGUCAGUUUUCAGGAUGAAGUUAAAUGGAGAGAAGAUUCCAGGCCUCGCCUCUUCCUUAUCGGCUGCAUAGGCGUCAGUGGAAAGACCAAAUGGGAUGUUCUCGAUGGCGUUGUUAGAAGGCUGUUUAAGGUGAACAUUGUUAUUUUUGUUACUUCUAACAACUUGGAUAGCUUUGAAAGCUAUUAUUUUUUAUUUAGGCAGAAAACUCUUCUGACAGGUUCCUUUGCUUCAUCAGUUUAAAGUGAGGCUUCCCCAAGGCCUGAUGUACUGCAGCCUGCAAAACAUACUAACUGGAGCAUCAUAUUUCUCUUU